UUGAGAGGAAAAAGCCAAAGGGAGGAGAGCAGAACCAUGGACUUCGCAACUUGUAAGAUUUCAUCGACAGUUAUUUCCUCAUGAUCUGAUGGGAAAGCUCAACUUCUUCUCUGCGCUUGACACGCGGUGGCAGAGCAGACCAAAGCCUCCAACCAGGUGCUAUAAAGAUUUACUCAACUCCAGUGGAUCAGUCCAAUGUGGCAGUUACUAUAUCUGCAUUUAAGCAUUAUGGUGUACAGUUAAAGACCAGUGAACAUAUUGACAGUAGCCAACAGUGGUAAUAUGCAAUCAAUCAAGCAAGAGGUGGACUCCGGUGAGCCCUACAAUGGAGAGGAUGCUUUGGUCCUGGCUGUGGCUUUACAAGGGGCUAACAGAGACAUGAUAGGCCACAAAAUCUCUGCGAUUCCAUUCAAAGCAAAAACCACCUGUCGCAGAAAAAGAGAGUUUAUCCCAGAGGAGAAGAAAGACACCCUUUACUGGGAGAGGCGGCGCAAAAACAAUGAGGCGGCCAAACGCUCCAGGGAGAAACGGCGCAUCAACGACAUGGUGCUUGAGAACAAGCUGAUGGCACUCGGAGAGGAAAAUGCCUCCCUCAAGGCUGAAUUGCUGUCCCUAAAGCUGAAGUUUGGCCUGGUCAGCUUGGCAGCAUAUGCCCAAGAAGUCCAGAAGUUAUCCAACUCCAACACGAUGAACCUCUACCAGGAGCUUGCGCCACCUAAUGCUGGCCAUAGUUCUUCCAGCAGGGCUUUGGAGCCUCUUCACCUGCGCAGGAGCUGUGUAUCAGUCAUCAAGCAUUCACCUCACACCCCAGAGACAUGCACUACAACUCAGGGUAACCUCAAUGUCUGCAGGACUGCAGAGGUCAAGCAAGAACCAUCAGAGAAUGGCAGUUAUGCACAAGAGAGAAGUAGUCCCUACGAACUCUAUAGAAACUACAUGGCCAGCCCUUUGACAGGAGUCUGCUCCCAACCGGCUUCAUUCCUGCAACUCACCAGGUCGUCUAGUAACUCCCCCAGGAGCUCAGAAGAUGGUGCUAUAAGCAAAUCAUCAGACGGUGAGGACGAGCAGCAAGUCCCCAAAGGGUUGAUGCCAUCUGUACCUGACCCAAGAAGUGUCAUUGUCUCCACACACAAAGUGCCAGAUGCCAGUUCUUCAGCUUUGCCCCAUAAACUGCGGAUCAAAGCCAGAACCAUCCAAAUUAAAGUGGAGGCUGUGGACCCCGAGUACGAGUCCUCUGGAAAGUCCUCCUCUCCUGCCAGGAUUUCAGAUGGAGGAUGCUACCAGACGUCUCAGGACUCUUCAGAGUACACCCAGUCCUCCCCGUGCCCUCUGUCAUUACAAGUCACCAACAUGCAGGACUGGAGCCACCAGUCUGAGCAGUGGCAUAGAAGCAGCACAGAGACACUGCAGAAUAGCAGGCUACCCACAAGCCCAGUCUCAAACCAAACCUUUGUGGAUACACAAGAACGUUCCUAUGCAUACUCAGAUGCUGAGGACUUGUAUCUUAAGCAAGGCCCUGGGGACCUGCCUGCACAGGUCUCUCUGAACAGACUGAUCUCAGCACAGCCAGGCUCUGUGAUAGAGUCAACCCAAAGCACCCCUCAUCACCAUGAGUCAUUUUCAAAAGGAGGUUCCUCUGCGUGACCUUUUUGUAUUUUUUGCAUUUCCACUGUAUUUGCUGUUGCACUGUGUGGUAGGGGUUAAACAAUGUCUCAAUUACAGUAAAUUUUCAAAUACACAGUGUCCAAUAAUAGCUUUUAGAGCAACGACAAAAGCUGCUAGCCAAUAGAGUGCCCCAGUAAUGAGUCCUUAAACCUGGAUAUGAAUUAGCAUUUCAGCACCUCUGGUUCCCUAGUCUCAAAGUCAAUCAGUACGUUUCCAUGCAAAGUUAAAUGGAGCUAGGGUUAUAGCUCGGUUAGGCCAUUUAAUUUGACUACUGUCCUUGUCCCAGUAUACAAGCACCAAGGGAAUAUUGGUUUAUUGAUGGAAGUAUGUCCGACUCCGCUG